CGAACAGCUCGUUGGAAGUUUAAAGAAGUGUUUUUUAUUGAGCCAAAACCCCUAAACGCUUUGUCUACUGUUUGUUAAUUUAUCGCUAGUAGAUAUUCAAAGGUCUGUGUGGAAAAACGAAACCAAACCGCUCCGUCCAAGCCGUGGACACAUUAUUACGACGUGUGAGUUGACAAAUUUAGCUCACGAGCUGUAAACAACAGGUGUCUGGUCAUUUUGGACCAGUGUGUUGCUGUAACGUUAUAUAGAAAUGUGAAAUGUCAUAAGGGAAUGAUCUUGAUGGCUGACCUGUGGGUCAAGGACCUCUCACUUUGAAUAUAUUACAACCUGCAAGCAGCUGCUAACAUUAUUUGCUUGUGGUAGCAAACAAUGUUAACGUUACUCGUCAAAAUACUUACCACGACUUUAUAUUGUAGUGUAUUACAGUCCGUGUGUUUUACUCACGCAACGCAGCUUAACAUUUGAUGGUGUGCCGUGCGGCCAGUCUAAUUCCUUUUACUGGCGUUAGGGUAGUUAUGGCAUCUCCAGGGUAUUUUGGUGACGGUCCUCCGAUGCGCGAGCAUGAUCUGUUCUUCACUGAGGUCAUCAGCCAGAGGAUGCGCGUGCCCGAGCGCCUGAGGGUCGGUCCAACGCCUCACGCGCACGCACCUGCAGACCAAAGACCCGAAGAGCUACGUGCUGCCUACAGCAUGCACAUACCAGACAGACUGGCCUUAACAGAAGCUCCUGAUCUGAGUCCACGACCUCUCUUCACUAAACACACUUCAUCAAUGUGGGACCUGGAGCAUGGGUCCUGGGACAGGGAGGCGUUCAAGAGACAGCCUGUCAAGAGUCCACUGCGAAGGUCUUACAGUGACCAGGCUUUUGGUCGAACCCCACCUGGAACCCCCACACACUCCAGACAAACACUCCGCUCCCAGUCUCCCCGCAGUAUUGGACGUCCACCCAUCGUGCAGACAGACCCAUCCCCACCAAAGCCCCCAGGGCACCCCUCCAUCCCACCCAACCUGCUGUCCCCACAGAGCAUGCUGCAGGCCGCCAAGGAGCUGGGCCAGCAGGCGUCUCAGAAACUCCUCCAGACCGUCACCAAAAAAUACUCCUCCAGGUUUGGUUACCCAGAAAACCAUCCCUCUCAGGCUGUGGAGGUUCAACCUGAUCAAAGCAGGACAAGUGCCUCACAGGAUUUCUGGCUCAGUCCUGAGGAGGACACAGGUACUGCUGUCGAGUUCAUGGUGCUCCGCAGACAGGUGGUGAAGAUGAGCAGGAGGAUAGCAGGGCUGGAGAGACAGAACACAGAGCACAAACAGACAGAGCUGGUGCUGUUCUCUCUGUUACUGUCUGCCUGUCUGAUCAACGGCUGGCUGUGGAUGCGCAGAUGACGGCUCACAUAACACUACACUAUUCAGACAGCACUACAAGAGCAGCAGAGUUGUUUACUGGGAAGUGCAUAACUGCACAUAGUUUAUAUAGUGAUUUACUAAAUUUUUUCUUUACAAAAUUAUGGUAAAUGGAUGGUUUAGAAACCACUCCUAUUGAGGACUGUCAUCAGAAUGAGGCGUGAAUGUCUGAACCAUCCACUCGUACGUGUCAUGAUCACUUUGUGUUUAAAGUGAUUUUUCUCCUCGUGAGAGUUUCACUGAUGAUGUCAUUCAGUAAUGCAGUCUCUCUGGCACUUUUGAUCAGACUAGUAGCUAUUUUUUAUGUAAAAUUUAGUAAAUGCAAAAAUAGAUUUUCUGCAUGCUUUACAAGCAAGCAAUUAUGAACGUAUAAAUAUGAGUUUUUAUAUUUAUAUUUCCUUUUUUUCUACCAUUUAGGCAUUUGAAUCGCCUUGAGCCAUUUUAACUCACUUGCCCAGCCUGAUGUAUGAUGAAUAUUUAAAAUAAAAAUUAUAAUUCGUC